CCUCGCUCAGUCAGACCUGCCUGUUGUCAACCAGCCAGAAAACAACAGCAGCAGCUCAGCAGCAGUAGUUCUGCUCUUUUACUGGAUUCAGGCUGUACAGAUUUUAACUCUCUUAAGGGAAUAUGGAAGAAUACCACUCUGGAGAUGAGGUGGCCUUCAAUCCUGAUGAAGCAAGUAAUGCUGUUAAAGAGUGCAUUGAGGGUGUUAUUGGAGGAGUGGACUACAGCCAGAAUAAAGUGAAUCAGUGGACGGCCACCAUUGUGGAGCACUCACUCACUCAGCUGGUCAAACAGGGCAAACCAUUCAAGUACAUUGUAAACUGUGCUGUGAUGCAGAAAAGUGGGGCAGGCCUUCACACUGCCAACUCCUGUUACUGGGACACUACAACUGAUGGAAGUUGCACAGUGAGAUGGGAGAACCGCACCAUGUACUGCGUUGUUAGUGUGUUUGCCGUUGCCAUCACACUCUGAACUAGAAAGAAGAAACCAGGGCCAAUGUCAAACCAUGAGACCAGUGCGCAUGCUCAGACACUAGAGGGAGCCACUACCUUAUCACAGCACACUGAACCAACCUGUGCAGAAUGUCUUUUCCAAAGCCCAUUGCUAUUAAACUCUGGAGUGGCGUGUCCUUUAAUGACUGAGUCCACUUGUUCCCACGGUGUAAACUUUAUAUUGUAUUAUAACUGCUUGUCUUUGAUGUUAAGUUUCCUGUAGUUGCCAUUCCUCAUUUUUGACUUCUUUGAGUUUGUGCAAAAUUAUGUACAGUACAGUAUUUAAUGAAAUGAUUUGUUCAACCAG